CACUACAAGACUCAAACAUUUAAGUCCUACCAUUAGUCUUAAACAUAUGUGGCCAUUGAGAGAGAAUAGCAUGUGCUAAUGCCUAAUUCAUCUGUGCCACUCAAUCAAAUGUUCAAUACUACUUCCUAUGUGCUCUAUAAAAUAGCUAUUAUAAACUCAACCAAAUUUAUCACAUAAUCCAUUGUAUUCAAGUUCUAAGCCUUCCAUCUGCAAAAGUCCUUGUAUUUUAAUAUCAGCAGAGUUUAUCCUGAAUACUACAAAUUUUUGAUUUUAGCAUCAUGGGUAUUCAUGUUCCUCGUAUCACUAGUCUUAAGCAAAUUCUCAACCGCCAAUUCACCUCAACAAAUCUUGAUCGUAGUACAAAUGUCCCUAAGGGAUGCAUGGCAGUUUAUGUUGGGGAGAACCAAAGAAGAAGAUUUGUAGUUCCGAUCUCUUACUUAAAUGAGCCUUCAUUUCAAGACCUUUUAAGUCAAGCAGAGGAAGAAUUUGGGUUUAGUCAUCCAGAAGGUGGCCUCACAAUUCCAUUCAAGGAAGACACCUUCAUUGAUCUCUUGAACAUAUUAUGAGAGCUUAUAUAUAUCUGUACAGAUACAUACUUACUGAAAUGUUGUUAGAUAGUUUACAAAUUUUGUGAACUAGUCCAGACAUUUUAUAUUUGACUGAGACUUUCCAUGAAAAUCUUUUAGGCAUCAAGAAUACAUGAAAUUAUUCGUUCUUGUAGAUUUUUUGUAAUCGGUUCUUAUCUCAAAUACGUUUAGUUAGCAAAUUCUAUUUGUCCGUAAAAAUACCAGUCUCAGUCUGUUAACGAAAAACACCUUAAAACUUGACUUCCCUGAUCUCUGAGGUAGAAUGUGAAAUUUUUAGGGUAGUUUCUGUUAACUUCUUAUAAAAUUUGUAUAUAAGGUAUCUAUUUUAAUUU